AUGACCAGUAUUGUUAGUAUGUCAUUUUUCUUCAUGGUAAUACAGGCAUUCUCUCAAGUAUGUUUCGGAAUUCUUAAUUCAGACUCUCAUCAAAUUUAUGGCGACAAUGGAACAAUAACAAGCCCAAACUUUCCAAGAUUGUAUCCGGAUAAAUUAAGCAUUCUUUGGAACAUAACAGCAGUAACAGGAAAUCAGAUAAAACUCCAUUUCACCUCAUUUCACCUGCAACUCUCUGAAAGUUGUGACACUGACUUUGUUCAGGUCAAAGAUGGCCCCUUGCCAUCCAGCGAUGCCAUCGUGCGCAUGUGUGGUAAGAGAAGAUCGGAAAAGAUUGUAUUCUCAACAGGUCCCCAUCUACAGAUUUAUUUUAUCACUGAUGGGAGAAACUCAUACCCUGGAUUCCGAGUUUCCUACGAAGCUGUUGCUCUCAACCGGAGUUUUUUCAAAGGAUUAAAAAGGUGGAUGUCGCAACCGUGUCCUGGGCUAAAGAAUCACGAUAAAAAGUGUAGAUGUGUUCGAGUUGAAAGCGCUGAGGAGUUGUAUCUAAGGGUGUAUUGCAUGGAUCUGAAGCUGUCUUCUGUCUCGGACGUAAAUCAUUCUAAUAUCACCAAACUGCUGGACAUGAGCUCCAACAAAAUAAGAAGGAUUGAAAAUGCUGAUUUUGCUGGUCUCGAAAAACUCAAAAUUUUACAUCUUGCAAACAACAAGAUCGAAAGUAUAGCUAACUAUACUUUUGAGAAUUUGACGUUACUGCAGGAACUCGAUCUGUCUCAGAACAGUGUAACAAACAUUUUCUAUGAAACAUUUGCUGGAACAUACUCUCUGGAAUACUUAGACCUGGCUGAGAAUCUCUUAACAAGUCUCGACAAGAACUCUUUUCAGAACCUCAUUUCGCUCGUGACAUUAAAUCUGAGCAAGAACAAUAUAUCAAGUAUUGGAGAGGGGAUGUUCCUGAAUAAUUUCAUACUUUCUGAGCUAUUCCUCUCUGGAAAUGAGUUACAACGCCUUCAUCCCGAGACCUUUUUAAACCGUUGGGGUUUAAAAUAUCUGUUUGUCGUGGAUUUGUCGAACAAUCGUUUGAAGGAAUUACCAGUUGAAGCUUUGUCUUUGGCGAAACCCUUUUUCUUCCAUUCUUUGAUAUUACGACAUAACCAUAUAUCUGAGAUACCAUCUGAAGCAUUUAUCAACAGGACUGUCGAUGGACUAAUAGAUCUUUCUAAUAACCAGAUCGAGACUGUACACCAGGAUGCAUUCAAAGGCUAUGGCAAAGCUAAUAUUAUAUUGCUUGGAGGCAACAAGAUUUAUCUGCUAUCAAAUGGGACUUUUAGCAACAUGAGAUAUCUAUUUUACCUUGAUCUUUCAAGAAACCGGAUAGCAAUAAUCGAAAGUCAUUCCUUCUAUAACCUUUCUUCCGUAAAGCUCAUUAAUCUAGCAUACAAUCCAUUACGCCAAAUAUCAGAAAGAGCUUUUUCAACAACGCCGGAUUUACAAUAUCUGAUCUUGGUUUUCACCCCUAUUAAUGUACUUUCACCAAACCAUCUGUCGGGACCACGUGACCUGGCGAUAGACCUGACUCCUGCUCAGCAAAUAAUCAUUUACAAUGUGACCAUACCCUCACUUAUUGGGAGCUCUAACUUGGGGUUCGUUUGUAAACUGACUGAGGGAAGUGUCUAUGAGAAUUUAUGUUAUCCUUGUCCUCUUGGAACAUAUGCAGGGAUGCAAGGGACCUGCGCUCCAUGUCCUGCAGGUGGUUUUUAUCAAGAUGAACUGGCCUAUUCCGGUACUGGAUGUAAACAUUGCCCGUUAGGUCAUUUCGUGACACUGGAAUCCAAACCAGGAAAAGCCAUAACAGAUUGUAUUUUGUGCCCUCAAGGCACCCAAUAUACAAAGUUUGCUGGCUUUAAAGGGUGCGAGUGCUUACCGAAUUUUUAUCGAAUGGAUCGAUUUGGCCAAUGCAUGCAAUGUCUAUCACGAGGACUAUCAUGCCAAAACGAGUCAGUGAGACUACAGCCAGGAUUCUAUUGGAAAUGGCCAUCGAAUGACAGUCUCACGAAAUACCAAAAAUUCUCAACAGAUCUUUUAGUCAACAGUGACUCCUACACACUACUCAGAUUCCAAGGAACAGUGCCGCCGGUUUACGAAUGUCCAGCAAAAGAGGCAUGUCUUGGAGGUAUGGAGUCGAAGUGUUCCUAUGGAUACGAGGGUCCAUUAUGCGCCGUUUGCAGUAAAGGACAUUACCAAUUGUUCAACCGCUGUCGCAAAUGUCCCAAACUACUUUGGUUCAUUUUGCAAGUGAGUGGUAUCACCAUCAUAUGUACUAUUCUCACAGCAAGCGUGAUUUUGGGAAGGAAAAAAACUUGUGCAUCCGGUAGAAAAGUGACUGACAUGAUGUUAGCUCGUCUUAAGAUCGUCAUUGGCUUUUACCAAGUCACAUAUGGAACCUUAAACACGUUCUCUUACGUUGAAUGGCCCAAUGCGUUAUGGACGCUUGUGCAUUAUGCAAACAUAGUGCAGCUGAACUUACUGGAUAUUAUACCGUUGCAGUGUAUCAUCAACGGAAUAACAGUAAAUGCGUACACCAGAUUACUAGUUGUAAUUGGGCUACACACGGCACUUCUCAUCCUUGCAACUCUAGUCUACCAGCUUAGGAAACUGCUGCUUUUUAAAAAGGGGCUCAAUAAUUUGGAAUUGACUGAAUCUCUGUCCGCUGAAAGAACUCAGGUCUAUCGGAUUGUUUCCCUCUUGGUUUUUGUGACUUUCCCCUGGACUUGUACCACCAUCUUAAGCUUUCUGUCCCCAACAUGUCAACAGAUUUGCUCCAGCACAGACGUGUGUCAGUCUUUCUUGCGCGCCGACUUCACAGUCCAGUGUUUCACCGAGAAGUACAACAGAUAUACAAUAGCUGUUUAUUUCUUACUUCUACCUGUUGUAGGUGUACCAGCCGUAGUUCUCUUUUUACUAUGGAGGUACUUCCAUAGAAAGAUCCACGACCAAGAGGAAACCCAACAUCGCAAAGGAAGGGAAAUGUCUAUUGGUCUCAGUUUCCUGUACGAAAAUUAUGCUCGGCAGUGUUGGUUUUGGGAACUUUUCGAGCUGAUCAGAAAAGUAGGGGUGACGUCAUUACUCUUGCUUAUGGGGGCUAACACACGAAGUUAUUUGGGUGCUGCUGCCAUAACAUCAGGGAUCUACACUAUUUUAGUGGCUUAUUUCAAGCCUAUCAGGGACACGUUUGAACAUUGGUUGCAGCUUGUGGCACUUAUCGCAAACUUUGUCACCUUAAACGUUGGGAUGCUAUUAAAAAUACCAAUUGACGAGGUUUCAUUGGAAAGCCAGAGAGAAAGAGACAGUAACUUUGUUUCAGUCAUAUUGGUGGUUGUAAAUGUAACCGUUAUAGCCGUUGUGGCAGUGCAGUACAUCUCUAACUUCGUCAAUUCCAUAAAUUAUGUGAGAAAAAAUCCUCAGUGUGGAGCUAGCUGCUGCGCGACAUUCAUGAUGAUUAUAGUUGGGGCAGGAGAAGAUGCCACGGGGCUGGAAACUAAAGACUCAUCUCCGGUCCAGGCAACUCGGUCUCAGACAAGAAACAUCACCGAGCUAAGAUCUUAAAGUCGACAACAAGACGCUUACAAAACAGAAAAUAGAAGUUUUUUUGUCAAGAAUUCUUCCUCUGAUUAA